GAAAUUUCUGCGUUGCUCUACCGCAAGAGACCGACGAGAGCAAGGCUGAGAUGCAGGCACUGAUCUGAAGAUUCUUACUCGACUCCUGCCUCGCUUCCCGGUCCCCUCUACCAUCUUUGUCUUAUCUGGCCAUCUGCGCAUGUUUUUUUGCUUAAGGUGGAAGGAGCAAGGCCGCCUUGGGUUGGGCUGCCUCGACGAGGCUCCUGCCUUCCUACUUCACCUUCAACUCACCUGCAAGGCUGCCUGCACCCUCCACCCACCUCACACCUCGUUCCUUCCCUGGCUGGAAACCCACCUACGAGCGCGCCAGCGCGCCUUCCAUCCGACCUUCAGACCGCGACCUCACCUUCCGUCCUCUCUACGCCCAUUGAUACCCUGCCUUGCAAAACGUCAGCCCUCGGCCCCUCCCCUUGACUUCAACAACUCCUCUUCCUUUCGUCUUCCCUCCAUCUAUUUUUCCAACCCAUCCAUCACCCCUCCUCAACUUGCAAUUUUUCGUCAACAGCCGCUUCGUGACAGCUUCACCUCCCAUCUCUACUUCCAGAUGAGAUGACCUGAAGCUUUUACAUCCAAAGCAGUUGGCACCAUUCUUUUCUUGAUUCCUUCCUCAGUCUCAUCAUCAGUCGUUCCUUCAUCUGCCACGGCAACAGCAACAGCAGCAGCACAGCAGUCCUUUGGAUGCUCACCGUCUGAGAAAUACUCCCCGAACUGGAUCAACACAAAAGAAAUCCAUCUUUGGCCAACGCUUAUCCAUAUCAGGGUCUCCGAAUUUUGUUGGAUGCUUCCAAGUAUUGGCGAUGCCUCUGAAUCUCAACAUGGAUCAUCUAUCUUCUUCCUCGUCGGCGGCGGCGGGCACUACGACCUAUACCCAGCAAUCUGUCAGCACCUUCCAGCAGGAUGUUCCUAGACAAACCUACACGACUGCCGGUACCAUCUACAACCCCAGUACCACCCAGCAGCUCCAGCCUCCCGUUCGUCGCGGCCGCACUCUCAAGUGGCCUGCCCAGGGAGCCGCUGCUUCUGAGCUGUCUCUCUUUCCCAAGUCAGUUCUUGCCGGCUUGCCUCUCAAAUCCCAGAAUCUCGUCACUACACCCACCAGUCCUCGCCCACCUCAGAUUCCCAAGUACUCGCCUCUUCAGCAGAACUACGACCGCGCCGUCAGCCCUCUCACCGACUACAGCAUUGAGUCUCCGAAUGAAUUGGACGUCCGAAGCAUUUCGUCUUCCUCUCUCAUGCCAUCUUACAGCAUGGAUAGCAAUCAAGCUUCACCGGCUGCUGGUGCCAUGCCCACAUCUGUCGUGAAGAAGCAUGUCGAUGCCAACUCGACCGACGAUGAAGACGAUGAGAGCUCUGGCGAGAAUCCUCUUCGAGGCCUGACUGUCAAGUCUCUCCACAACUUGGCAUCAUACCCCAACCCGAACCAGAAGAGAGCUCAGAGGGCCCUUCUUCGUGCUCGGCCGGGUGCAGCGCCGGCUCCAUCUGCUGGCAACAUCAGCCGCACAGCCACUCCGUCUUACGGAGCCCAGACCUUUGAUGGUUUCGAUGCGAGAAACGACGGCUCACUUUCUCCUGCUCUAUUCCAUUCUGCCAAGACGGAUCCGAACGACAUUCUGAAGAUGAAAGCUGAUAGAUCAAGUCAUGACCCUGACAACUCCCGGCGCAUCAACUGCACAGGACCGCCCCCUGGUCUUUUCCCGGCAGCCACUAUUCAGAGUGAUCCCCAACAGGCAGCAUACAAGUCUACUCUUGCAACUGGCCCAGGCGCUCCUCGUCCCCUGACUGCAGGCCCCCCGGGUCAUCGACAGUAUCGGACAUCAACGUUCGAAACCACGAUCAAGGCCCUCAACAAUGGCCCCAAAGACAUUUCGCUCGACGGAGCCUUGGCGGGUCAAACGACUUUGGGUCCGAAAAAGCACAUGAUACUCGAAGCCAUGAGGUCCCGGGGCGCAGAGACACCCGUUCAUCUUAAAAGCCCACUCGAAUCCCUUCUCUGCGGCUCUACACCCGACACAGACGACUGCUUCCAGGACGUCGUCGACGAGGCGCGAAAAGUAUCUGAUCAACAGAUGGAGAAGGUUCUAGAGUUUAUCAAGCUUGGACAGAACAUGAACGAAGCCACGAGCCGUGCUCAGGCUGCAUCCGCCAUGCCUGUAGUCUCUGGCGAUGACUGGCAAGCCGACUAUCCCAAGACCGCUCGGCCUCCCUGGACGGAGGGUACGUGGACCAUUACGGAUGAUGCGCUCCAGAAACGCAACGAGAGAAUCAGCCAGCUAUUUCAUGCGGGCACAGGCGCGCUUGGCAAAUCAAUGAUGGCUGUCAUCCAGGAAAAGGAAUUCCGUGACUUCAAGCGCCAGGUCGGUGUCAUCGGUGACCGACGGCCCAAGGCCAAGGCUGAGAAGAUUGAAUACCCGCCCAUCAAGGUCGCUCAGCUGAACAACAUGUCGGCCUCGGAGGCGACAGAACCCUUUCUCACUAUGGCCUAUUCUGCCCUGGUGAACCACCAGGAGGGAGCUCACGAUCACCCUCAAUUCCAUCAGUGGGAAGACCCAGACCCACGCAUGGUUGACACGUCUGCUCAGGGUCUCCGAACAGUGAAUAGACGGCGAUGA